CCCUUCCCCCCGCGCUGCCGGGCCUACAGCGGCCGCCCGGCGCCAGGCGCGGCCCCGCGGAGGGGCCCGGCGCCCCGAGCAUCCCGCAGGCUUCAUGUGUGUGUGCGCCGUCGUGUUGUGACGACACGUAAUAAACCUCAGUUCCAACCUGGUCUCCUUUGCCUGCUCCACAUGAAACGCUUGGCGUCCCGAUGUGUGACACGCUGCAAACGCUGAGCUCAGAAGCGCCUGGUUUCUGCUCCUUCCUUGUCAGCUGGGCAGUUCAGAAACCCCCACUCUGUGGGUGGGUGUUGGUGACAAUGGGGGACACAAGAGACAUCUGUCCUCACCUGGAUUCCAUAGGAGAGGUGACCAGAGAUGAUCUGCUGCUCAAAUCCAAGGGAACUUGCCAGUCUUGUGGAGCUGUGGGACCAAAUCUCUGGGCUUGUCUUCAGAUGGGUUGUCCUUACGUCGGUUGUGGGGAGUCCUUUGCUGACCACAGCACACUGCAUGCACAGGCCAAAAAGCACAACCUGACUGUGAACCUGACGACGUUCCGCGUGUGGUGCUACGCCUGUGAGCGCGAGGUGUUCCUGGAGCAGCGCCUGGCCGCACACACACCCGCCCCACCCGCCAGGUUCCCUGAGCCGGAUUCUCCAUUGCCUGCUCACCCUCUGAAAGCUGUUCCAAUUGCAGUGGCCGAUGAAGGUGAAUCUGAAUCAGAGGAUGACGAUUUGAAACCAAGAGGCCUUACUGGAAUGAAAAAUCUUGGGAACUCCUGCUACAUGAAUGCAGCACUCCAGGCUCUCUCUAACUGCCCACCUCUCACACAGUUCUUUCUGGAAUGUGGUGGACUGGUCCGUACAGAUAAGAAACCUGCCCUGUGCAAGAGUUACCAGAAGUUGGUGUCUGAGGUUUGGCAUAAGAAACGCCCGAGUUAUGUUGUUCCAAGCAGCCUGUCCCAUGGAAUCAAACUCGUCAACCCCAUGUUCCGAGGCUAUGCACAGCAGGACACUCAGGAGUUCCUGCGGUGCCUGAUGGAUCAGCUUCAUGAGGAGCUGAAGGAGCCAAUUGUCGCAGAGACAAGGGAUGUGGACAGCAGUGACCAGGACGAGAAGCGCGAGGGCGACCGGAGCCCGUCGGAGGAUGAGUUCCUGUCCUGUGACUCCAGCAGCGACAGGGGGGAGGACGGGCAAAGCCGGAGCACGGUGAGCGUGGGCAGCAGCUCCCUGGCAGAGACAGAGUUGUUGAUCCAGGAUGAAGCAGGAAGGGGGAUCUCUGAGAAAGAGAGGAUGAAGGACAGAAAGUUCUCCUGUGGCCAUCGGCGCAGCAACUCGGAGCAGGUGGAUGAGGACGCGGAUGUCGACACUACGAUGAUGGCAGUGGAUGGCAGAGCCUCACCCGAGAUGCUGGCGGCUCCCCGUCCUGCCAGCCCGUGCAGGACACCAGAACCUGACAAUGACGCCUAUGUGCGCUGCUCCUCACGGCCCUGCAGCCCAGUCCACCAUGAAAUGCACUCCAAGCUCUCCAGCAGCCCUCCUCGCUCCAGUCCUGCCAGGCUUGGACCUUCCUACAUCCUCAAGAAAGCCCAGGUUCAGGCUUCUGGGAAGAAGAAGAAAGAGCUGCGUUACCGCAGUGUGAUUUCUGACAUCUUCGACGGCUCCAUUCUCAGCCUGGUGCAGUGCCUGACCUGUGACAGGGUUUCUACGACAGUGGAGACGUUCCAGGACCUCUCACUCCCAAUCCCAGGGAAGGAGGACUUGGCCAAGCUGCACUCUGCCAUCUACCAAAACGUGCCAGCUAAGUCAGGGGCAUGUGGGGACAACUAUGCCUCCCAGGGCUGGAUUGCUUUCAUCAUGGAGUACAUCCGGAGGUUUGUGGUGUCCUGUAUCCCCAGCUGGUUUUGGGGUCCUGUGGUGACACUGGAGGAUUGUCUUGCUGCCUUUUUUGCAGCGGAUGAGUUGAAGGGGGACAACAUGUACAGCUGUGAACGGUGUAAGAAGCUGCGGAAUGGAGUCAAGUACUGCAAAGUCCUCCAGCUUCCAGAGAUCCUCUGCAUCCACCUGAAGCGGUUCCGGCACGAGGUGAUGUACUCCUUCAAGAUCAACAGUCACGUCUCCUUCCCCUUGGAAGGGCUGGAUCUGAGACCUUUCCUGGCCAAGGAGUGUGUCUCCCAGAUCACCACCUAUGAUCUCCUGUCAGUCAUCUGCCACCACGGCACAGCAGGCAGUGGGCAUUACAUUGCCUACUGCCAGAACGUGAUCAAUGGCCAGUGGUACGAGUUUGAUGACCAGUACGUCACCGAAGUCCACGAGACCGUGGUACAGAACGCAGAAGCCUAUGUCUUGUUCUACAGGAAAAGCAGCGAGGAAGCCGUGCGAGAGCGUCAGAAGGUCGUGUCCCUCGCCAGCAUGAAGGAGCACAGCUUACUCCAGUUCUACAUCUCCAGAGAGUGGCUCAAUAAAUUCAACACCUUUGCUGAGCCUGGGCCCAUCACCAACCACACCUUCCUGUGCUCUCAUGGAGGGAUCCCUCCUAACAAAUAUCACUACAUUGAUGACCUGGUUGUGAUUCUGCCCCAGAACGUGUGGGAAUAUCUCUACAACAGGUUUGGGGGGGGCCCUGCUGUCAACCACCUCUACGUGUGCUCCAUUUGCCAAGUGGAGAUCGAAGCGUUGGCCAAGCGCAGGAGGAUUGAGAUCGACACCUUCAUCAAGCUGAACAAGGCUUUCCAGGCAGAGGAGUCUCCAAGUGUCAUCUACUGUAUCAGCAUGCAGUGGUUCCGGGAGUGGGAAGCCUUCGUCAAGGGGAAGGAUAACGAGCCCCCUGGACCCAUUGACAACAGCAAGAUUGCACUCACGAAAGCAGGUGGCCACGUGCAAGUCAAGCAGGGUGCUGAUUAUGGGCAGAUUUCCGAGGAGACCUGGGUUUAUUUAAGCACCCUGUAUGGAGGAGGCCCAGAGAUAGCCAUCAGGCAGAACAUGGCCCAGGUCCAAGAGCUGGAAAGCCUGCACGGGGAGCAGAAGAUCGAGGCGGAGACACGGGCGGUGUGAGCUGUGUGGGACAGGCAGCCAAGGGCCAGGGCUGCGAGGAACCCCGAGGAGUCAACCCUCUGCCCUCCUCUGGGACUUGGGGUGUGUGCAGCUCCCACUGCUCCUGGGGAAGGCAGGUUUCCUCUGCUGUCCUUUCACAUGGCUUUGAAUAUAGGGCUGGUGCUGGGCAGGGCUGGCAGGAAAGCAGCUUCUCUGGGACUGCCGCGGAUGAGGCGGCAGCAGGAGCCCGCGGCCACUCACCGGCAUCUGCUCUGACCCCUCUCCCUCAUCUCCUCACCAGGAGCCAGCACUCCCAGCCUGCCCCCAGCCUACAGGCUCUGCUCCUUGGCAGAUUUUUGCUUCUGGCACUUUUGAACUGAAACGUGUAUGGCUAAGGAGAUGUCAGUUGUGUUUCCAGCAGGCUGUGCUGCGAGGAGAGGAGCCUUUUGCUCCCAGCUGACUAAGCCCCAGGGGCUGCUGGGGGGGUUGUGCUGGGGGUCACAGCUCUUGUACCUUCCUAGUUUUGCUCUUUAUCUGAUUCUUGCAAAUUCAGUUGCAAUCACCUAAGACAUUUUGGAAGAGGCCAUUUCUUUCUCUUUUAGCCCCUAAAGCUGCAUCUUCACGGUCCUGCAGACUUAGUGGUUGUUCUUCUUUGUACCUGAUCUCAUGUGUUCAGCACAGCUUCAGAGAACAAAGCUGGAAGAUGAGACCCCCUCCCUCACUGGCUCCCCACUCUGUUCUUUCCACUGAAGCCCUUGGCAGCUUCAUAGCCACAGGCUGGAGCCUUCCAGGGCUGAAGAAGGCCCUGAAGCAGCUCAGACUGGAGCUGUUGCUGGGAGGACUCCUGGUUGAUAAGCCCCUUCUCAGACUGAACCUGUCAGGAGCAGCAAAGGGGAUGUGGAGGAGCUGUUUUGCUGGCACAGAGCCUGGGCAGAGGGGGCCAUAACUCAGUGGUGGGGAAGGGGCCAAGCUGAGCAGCCCCCAGGCUAGUGAAGCAGCUUCAUAGGAACGAGCUGCAUUUGGCAGCCCAGCCCCCACCUGGGUGCUGAGGCCAUUCCAGCUUCAUCCCACAGCUGUUGUUUGUGUACACUGUGGCUCAUUUAAUGACCAGAAAUAACGUCCUCCCCCGUCUCCUGCUGCUGCUGCAGCCAAGAGCACCCAAGAGCAGGCAGGAGAGAGGAGGGAAGACAAAAAAGGUGAAACACUACUUUUCUCAGCAAAACUGUUCCUCAAAGUCAUCUCAGAAGCCAGGGAGGCACUACUGAGACCCUUGCCAGGGGUGGAGGGCAGUGCCUUGGAAGCAGGAGGACAGAGCUGGCCUGCAGUGGGCUGGGGAACCAGUUGCUGGUGGUGCUGGAACCUGACUGGUUCCACAGCACAGGGUCUGGGGUGGGGGGUGGCAGGCUCAGCACGGGGCUGGGCUCUCCCCAGCACCUCUGGGGAGAGGCUGAGGUUGGAAGGGGCUUGGACAGGAGAACUUGGAAAGAAAAAUGUGGCCUUUAUUCUUUUCUUUUCUUUUUUUUUAAGACCAAAUAGUUGCUGCAGAGAGCAGCUUGUGUAGAAAUGUGUCUGUGAAGGGUUCAGCAUGUGAAUUUCCUAUCCUGUUGAGUGGGUGUUUGUGUGUCCUCAGCCAGGCCGGGGGCAGGGGCAGGGAACCAGCCAUGGUGGGGGCUUCGGGAGCAGCUGCAGGGACUCUGUGUCCCCCCAGCCAGGCCCAGGAGCCACCUGGACUGUAAAGACACGCCUGUGCUUCAGUGUUACCCUUUGUGCUGAAAAUGUGUUCUAAUAAACCCAUGUGCAUUCAA